AGGGAGGCCGGGCGAGGCCGCGGCGUAGGCGGAGGCCGGGCUCCCUGGGCGGCGCGCGCCCCCCGCCCUGCCAUUCACAGGCGACGUUAGCCCGCGGUCCUCAAAGUCCGUCCUCCCCGUUAGGCGGUGAGCGCCGGAGGGGAGGGGACAGCCAGAAAGGCAGGAAACUGCGGCUUAAAAAGGCAGCCCGCAGCGGGCCCUUCCUCCCUCUCUCCGUCCCCGGGCUUCCGAGAGCUCCUCUUCUCCGCGGCCUCCGCCCCGCCGCCAUGUACCGCUGCUUGGGAGAAGCGCUGCUGCUGUCUCGUGCCGGGCCUGCCGUCCUCGGCUCGGCGGCUGCCGACUCGGCCGCACUGCUGGGCCGGGCCUGUGGGCAGCCCGCCGCCGCCCCGCUGCCGGGGCUCGCGCUGCCCGCCCGGCGACACUACAGCGAGGCGGUGGCCGACCGCGAGGACGACCCCAACUUCUUCAAGAUGGUGGAGGGCUUCUUCGAUCGCGGCGCCAGCAUCGUGGAGGACAAGCUGGUGGAGGACCUCAAGACCCGGGAGAGCGAGGAUCAGAAGCGCAACCGGGUGCGCGGCAUCCUGCGGAUCAUCAAGCCCUGCAACCAUGUGCUGAGCCUGUCCUUCCCCAUCCGGCGCGACGACGGCUCCUGGGAGGUCAUCGAAGGCUACCGGGCCCAGCACAGCCAGCACCGCACACCCUGCAAGGGAGGUAUCCGUUACAGCACUGAUGUGAGUGUAGAUGAAGUAAAAGCUUUGGCUUCUCUGAUGACAUAUAAGUGUGCAGUGGUUGAUGUACCAUUUGGGGGUGCCAAAGCAGGUGUGAAGAUCAAUCCUAAGAACUAUACUGAUAAUGAAUUAGAAAAGAUCACAAGGAGGUUCACCAUGGAACUUGCAAAGAAGGGUUUUAUUGGCCCCGGCAUUGAUGUGCCUGCCCCAGACAUGAGCACUGGAGAGCGGGAGAUGUCCUGGAUUGCUGACACCUAUGCUAGCACCAUAGGACACUAUGAUAUUAAUGCCCAUGCCUGUGUUACUGGCAAGCCCAUCAGCCAAGGUGGAAUCCAUGGGCGGAUCUCUGCUACUGGUAGGGGAGUUUUCCAUGGGAUUGAAAACUUCAUCAAUGAAGCUUCCUACAUGAGCAUUUUAGGAAUGACACCAGGGUUUGGAGAUAAAACAUUUGUUGUUCAGGGAUUUGGAAAUGUGGGCCUACACUCUAUGAGAUAUUUACAUCGUUUUGGUGCUAAAUGUGUUGGUGUUGGUGAAUCUGAUGGAAGCAUAUGGAAUCCAGAUGGUAUUGACCCAAAGGAACUGGAAGACUUCAAAUUGCAACAUGGAUCAAUCCUGGGCUUCCCCAAGGCCAGGCCUUAUGAAGGUAACAUCUUGGAAGCUGAAUGUGACAUAUUGAUUCCUGCUGCAAGCGAGAAGCAGCUGACCAAGUCCAAUGCACCCAGGGUCAAAGCCAAGAUCAUUGCUGAAGGUGCCAAUGGACCAACAACUCCAGAAGCUGAUAAGAUUUUCCUGGAGAGGAACAUUAUGGUUAUUCCAGAUCUCUACUUGAAUGCUGGAGGAGUGACAGUAUCGUACUUUGAGUGGCUGAAGAACCUAAAUCAUGUCAGCUAUGGCCGUUUAACCUUCAAAUAUGAAAGAGAUUCUAAUUACCACUUGCUUAUGUCUGUUCAGGAGAGUUUGGAAAGAAAAUUUGGAAAGCAUGGUGGAACUAUCCCCAUCGUACCAACAGCAGAAUUUCAAGACAGAAUAUCGGGUGCAUCUGAGAAAGACAUCGUGCAUUCUGGUUUAGCUUACACUAUGGAGCGCUCUGCCAGGCAAAUCAUGCGCACGGCCAUGAAGUAUAACCUGGGAUUGGACCUGAGAACGGCUGCCUAUGUCAAUGCCAUUGAGAAAGUCUUCAAGGUGUACAAUGAAGCUGGUGUGACCUUCACAUAGAUGGAUUGUGGCUGACUUCUUCACUACCCUUUUCACCUCUUCAUCUGCAGAUCUAUCACGAGUUUACAUGUAACCACAGAAAUAUCUCUCAUGACUUACUAGAUAAUGGAGACCAUUCUCAACAAGCCAAUCCAAAUCAGCCCCUUAAGAAGAAAGAAAUUAAGGUUAGGGGAUCAUGUGUAAACGGAUGAGUGUGAAAGUAGAAAUUACCUACUCCAGAAAGCCAUUUGGGUAUUUUGCCUUUAAAUAAAAUGUCUCUUCCAUCUGGCUGUGCUGCCUUGCUCCAUGGCUGUUUCCCAACACCGUCAAAGCUGUGGCCCCAGAAAGCACCUAUUGUCAAAGAAUAGUCAGUUGCUUGCUGCUUUAGCUCUGGACAAGUCUGAUACGUGCUGUGACUUUGACACAUUUAAGAAGCGGGUGUGUGGCAUUUUCAUAAGGUAGCAUGGUCCUUCCGUGAGUUAUUGGUAUUUUACAUCAGCAAAUUAACUCCAUUUUACAAGUUGCAAACAAAUGCUAUUUCUCUUUAAGCAUUUUAUUAUUUUAGAAUAAAAUAAGUACAUGCUGCUGUAAUAAAAUUGCCUUUAAUCACUUAACAAGCCUAACUUCAACUGAAGCAGUGAAUGCCUAUAAACAUAAAUGGGAAAAGCUAGUAUUUUUAUAACAUAAAACAAUAUCAUUUAUAGCUUAUCAAUCAUGUAUUGUCCAGCAAAUAGAAAACACCCAAUGGAGAAUUAUCUUCAUAUCUGAGAAUAAUGGAGGCUAUUUUUGUUAAGACUGUUCAAAUUUACUAAUUGUGACAUAUAGUCCAAAGAAUGCAGUGUCCUUAUCGUGUUAAUUAAUUGCUCUUCUCUUUUGAAGAGCUAUUGUGUAGACUAAUUGAACAAUAAUUCAAAUAGAGUGUCCCAGGAAGAAAAAGACCACGUGGCCUCCCUGUUUGGAGUCUGGGUGGCGGCUCUGCGCAUUGCCAAUGACCCCUACCGGCCGGCCUGCCCUGCACACAGCGUCUUUAACAGUGGGCUGGACACACCCAGUUGAGUGUUUUGUUUGGAGUUAUUUGGCCAGGGCCUUUUUUAAACAGUAGUGUCCCAAUGAAGCACUAGAUAUUAUUUAUGUAAGAAUGAGCUUUUUUUUUUUUUUUUUUUUUUUUAAACAAUAAUAUCCUUUCAGAGAUUUCUAACUACUUUGUAACUGCAUGACUUAACCUGGUGAUAAAAGCAGUUAUUAAAAGUCUACCUUUUCCAAA